GGAGGGUUUCCCAGCAUGAAUCCAUCCAUCAUAACCUGGACCACAGAACUCAUAGAAUUAAUUGGAAGUGAAGAGCCCCAUCCACAAACUUUGUAUAUGGAGAGAAUUAUUCUCAACUUACUGACCAUCAUCACUGCCCUGGUUGGCCUGGCAGGAAACGCCACUGUGCUCUGGCUCCUGGGUUUCCGCAUGAGGAGGAACGUCUUCUCCAUCUACAUCCUAAACCUGGCAACAGCUGACUUCACCUUACUCUUUUGCUCUAUUUUGCAUGCCCUGGAGACACUCAUCAAGCUCUUCUGUCCCAUCUCCAUAUCCUUCCCAGAAUUUUUCGUCACUGUGUCAGUCUUUGCCUACAUUGCAGGCCUGAGCUUUCUCAGCGCCAUUAGCACAGAGCGCUGCUUGUCCAUCACAUGGCCCAUCUGGUACCGUUGCCGCCGCCCCAGACAAAUGUCAGCUGUCACAUGUGCACUGCUCUGGACCAUGUCCCUGCUGCUGAGCAUCCUGGAAGGGAACUACUGUGGCUUGCUGAAUAGGGAUUUACAUCACUUUUGGUGUCCAGCGUUGGAUUUCAUCACCAUGUCCUGGCUAAUGUUGUUAUUUGUGCUUCUUUCUGGGUCCAGCCUGGUUCUGCUGACCAGACUGCUGUGUGGCUCCCAGCGGGUGCAGCCCACCAGGCUCUAUGUGACUGUCGGGCUCACAGUGCUGGUCUUCCUCUGCUGUGGCCUGCCCUUCGGCAUCCAUUGGUUCCUCAUAAUUUGGUUUGAAGAAGAUCAACGUGCCUCCUUUCGCUUUUACCUGUUUGCUGUUCUUUUGUCCUGUGUCAAUAGCUGUGCCAACCCCAUCAUUUACUUCUUUGUUGGCUCCUUUAGGCAGCGAUGGUGGAAGCGGCGACAGAUCUUGAGGCUGGUUCUCCAGAGGGCUCUGCAGGACACCCCUGAGGUGGAUGAACAUGGACGAAGCCUUCCUCAGGAACCCCUGGAGAUGUCAGGGAGCAGUCUGGUAUCCUGAUUCAGAGUCUUGUUUUGUUCAGCUGAUGUCACUUUGAGAUAUGACUUUGUCCCUAUCAGUUUGGAAGGUUUUCUUAACAUGUUUUUCCUCUGGUCCUGGAAUUAAAACAGUUAACAUAAUGGUCCCACUCUUGAGGUUUAAGA